AUGGUAUGCACAAGACCGGAUAUUGCACAUGUUGUUGGAGUUGUAAGCAGGUAUAUGAGUAAUCCCGGAUUGGAGCAUUGGAAUGCAGUAAAAUGGGUUCUCAGGUUACAAAAGGUGGUUGCUUUAUCCACCACGGAGGCAGAGUAUGUAGCCGCAACAGAGGUUUUUGUUGUCUUGGAGAUCUCUAAAGACAGAUUCAUGACCUUGGUUCGUGAGGGUGCUCUGCAGAUUUACAAGGAAAAUAUCCAAUAUGUCCAGUACUUCAAGAAACAUAUGGAUAUGUUGCAUCCGAAGGAGAUCGAGGCCUUGGUUCAAUACAUGCAAAAGAUCAAACUUAAAGAUUCAGAGGUGCUUCCCCCUAGAACUGGGGAGAAAGGCACAUGCGAACAGUGA